CUCUCGCUCUCGCUUUCUCACAAUCUUUUCAGGGAAAGAGAGAGAGAGAGAGAGAGAGAGAUGGAUGAAGAGGACGAGCUUGGGGGUUGGGAUAAGGAUUUUCUCGACGCAGCGUUCAAAGCCGAAGAGAUUCUUCUCUCUACACAACCACCUCCGCCUGCUCCACCGACUGUUCCGCCUCCUGCUCCUGCUCCGGCGUCGGAGAGUGUGGAGUUACAUUCACGCCAUAAAAUUCAAGUUCGUGAUCCUUUCGCAAGCUUCUCUCCACCGAGAGUACUCUCUCAGAGAGCAGGUGACGCGGUAACUGAUUACUCGGCGGCUGCUGUUAGACCAAUCUCUCCGACUCGUCGUAAUGAUAGCGAGAAAGAUGUGGAAAUCGAGCGCUUAAAGAAGGAGCUAGGGCGUGUCUCCAAGCAGCUGCUUGAUAUGGAACAAGAGUGUUCUCAGCUUAAGAAGGGCAAAAGCAAAGAGACACAGGUCAAAAGUGAGAGUAAAGGGAGAGGUGCGACAGUUCAUGCUUCUAUGAGAACAAACUUGGAACCGGAUGCUGCAACUUCUGUGAAUGAUGGAGGAAUCGAUUCUACAGCUGGGUUAGAUGAUAAAAAAAGCUUCAAGGCCACUGGUGUUCAAGCGGAUCUGGCAAACCAUUCUGACCUUUCAAAGAAGCUGCUAGAUAUCUGGCGCACCUCAAAUUAUCAAGACCCAAGGAGAAAUCUGAUCUCGGAGCUGCUACUGGCUUGUUCAACAGAUCUCCAGAUUCUCUUUGGUUUUAUGAACACUAGUACGCCUCCCCAAGAAAAAGACAGACAAGCAGCCAAAAACUUGUCUAAUAUGCAAUCAUCUAAACCGUUAGAGUCUGAAAAAGUAUGUCAACUAUAUUCUGCUGUAACAAAGAUCAGCUAUGGGUUUGUAAAUUUGAAGACCUUAGUUGAACCACUCCUUGAUCUUUGUAAUGCGGAAAAUGCCAUUCUUGUUCAUAGAUCUCUGCAUGUACUACAUGUGCUCUUGGAACAUAUAUGUGGUGUUGAAAACAGAUUUGAAGCCAGGGACAAUAUCACAGAUGAGGAGGAGCCAAGCUCUUGUGAGGUCGCCGAAUUUCAUGGAUACAAAGGAAGGAAGACUAACUUGAGCAUUGGAGAGUCAGAAGGAAGGAAGACUAACUUGAGCAUUGGAGAGUCAGUUUACUCGAGUAAUAUUCCAUUUCAGGGAAGAUCUGAUGCAGAGACUAGUAAGAAGAGUCAAGCAGGAGAUACUGAUAAACCUCAGCCAAGUUGGGAUGCAAACUGGCAUUCUCUGUUUGAAUUGAUGAAUCAAAUCGCUAGUAGAAGAACCGAAGAGAAUGUGAAACUGGAAGCAGUGUCGAUAAUGAACAUAAUCGUGAUGAGAACUAAUGCUUAUACCGAGAGAGAAACUUUUGUAUCCGAGCAAGUGUUUUCGAGCAUUUCGCUACUUUUAAAGAAAGAAGCUGGCUUACGUGUGCGUAAAGGAGCUAUUCAUCUUUUCUUCCUUCUGCUCAACUGUCCUAAAGUGUUAGCUAGAUUUGACUCUCUCCAUGAGAAAAAUAAAUCUUCAGCUUCUGGGAACAACAGCCAAGAAAAUCUGUUUCCUUUGGAACCAUUUCGUAAGAUCUUUGAAGGUCUAGCAGAUUGUCUAACUUCUCCCAGAAAGACAUCAGAGGAUCUGGAACUCUGUCGGAAUGUAAUAAUGAUCUUGGCCUUAGCAGCUUCUUCAGGAAACUCUGGCUAUGAACUUCUCUCAAGUCACAACUUACCUCAAGACACCAGCUUUUUGAUGCUGAUACUGCAUCUUUUAGCAGCGGAGAUAGAUUCCGAAUCAACAGAGCUUCAUCCGAACGCAGAAGUAUUCAAAGCGAGGACACUAUUGAUGAGAGAGAUAUUGAUAUUACUAAACAGGCUAGUCUCUGGUUCUUCAAGCUCUUGUACAGUUCUAAGGGAACUAACGAAGAGCAGAGACAUGGCGAGUCUAACGGUUGAUGCAGCCACAAGAUUGUCCCGUAAAAGAAACUUACUUGGACAGCCUGAAAGCAGUGUUGAGAGAAUGAGAGGUUCGGAGAUCACGGAUUUAGCACGCAUUUUCAAGAGACGAGUUUUCGCAUUCUUAGGUGACAACAGUAGUUGAUAGGCUCUCAUCUCAUCAUCGGGGGGUUUCCUUGUUUUGUUUUUUUCGGUGAGCAUGAUGUAUAUGUGCAAAGUUUUGAUUGAGGAAGCAUCUAUACAUGAUGGUACCUUUCGGCUAUUACAACUGUUGUGUUCAUUUGUAUUUUUUUUUGUUUGAGACACUUGUAACAAGGAACAACGACACUGAAAUCGACUACUUUAGACGUACAA